UUCUCGUACCAGCGAUAACCAGAACACAAUAAAGCAGGCAAAACCACAAGGCUGUACCUCACAGCAUCUUAUCCCUAAGGCUCUCCCUCGACGCAUUCCUCAUCUUAUCCCCUCCCUGCUGCCCUUGCGAUGGCAGACGAGAACCCCAAUGAGCCGGCGGGUGAGAAGAAUGAGGGGCAGCAGCUACGAGGCGUCGAUGAGGAGGAGGAUGAAAAAAGCGAUGGACUGGAAGUAGAUGAUUCCUCCUCCUCAUCAUCUUCUUCUGAUUAUGACUCCGAUGACUCGUCUGACGGUUACGGUGGCGGCGGUGGCUACGAUUCGGAUGAGGAGGAGGAGGAGGAGGAGAAGAAGGACAAAAACGAUCCGGAGACCAACUUCCGCAAGUUCUCGGAGGCCCUCGACGGCCGCUACAAUCGGAAGCGGGAGGAGGCUGCGGAACGCGCUUACGUGUACCAUGAGGACCGCUUCGAUUUUCCUCGUGACUCGGAGAAGUGGCGCGAGGAGGACCUGCGCGAGCUGUGGGCUGACGCCCCCGUUGAGAUGACCAAGACCGGCUGGGACCCCGCCUGGGCCGACCGCGAGGACUUGGAGGUCGUCCGCAACGAGUUCGAGGCUGGGCACGAUCCGCCUAUCGCCCCUUUCUAUGUGCCUUACCGCAAGUGCUACCCGGCAAUUCCUGACAACCACCACGACAUCUCUAACCCUAAGUCCGUCGUUGAGGAGCUCGACCGUAUCGAGGAGUUCCUCAGAUGGGUCAGUUAUGUCUUCGAGGACGGUAGCUCGUAUGAAGGAACUGUUUGGGAUGACCUCGCUCAUGGAAAAGGUGUCUACGUUGCUGAAAGUGGACUUGUCAGGUAUGAAGGUGAAUGGCUUCAGAAUCAAAUGGAAGGUCAUGGAGUUGUUGAAGUAGACAUCCCUGGUGUGGAGCCUAUACCAGGUUCAAAGCUUGAAGCUAAAAUGCGAGCAGAAGGUAAAAUUAUAUCACGAGAUUUCAUGUCUCCUGAAGAUAAAAAAUGGCUGGAGAUGGAUAUAGAGGAUACCUUACUUCUAGCUGGUAGACGAAGAGAAAUUCCAUUUUAUGAGAGAAACGAAUGGAUAAAGAUCUUUGGAGAAAAACCAGAAAAAGGUCGAUACAGAUAUGCCGGGCAGUGGAAGCAUGGGAGAAUGCAUGGUUGUGGUGUAUAUGAAGUCAAUGAGCAGAUGAUAUCUGGAAGGUUUUAUUUUGGGAAGCAUCUAGAGGACUCAUCAGGUUGUGAGCAUGAUGUGUCAGCGUUACAUGCAGGUAUUGCUGAAGUAGCUGCUGCAAAAGCGCGGAUGUUCGUUAACAAACCUGACGGAAUGCUAAGGGAAUGGAGAGGUCCUUAUGGUGAUCCUCAACAUCCAUACUUCUAUGAAGAAGAUGAUGUGUGGAUGGCUCCUGGAUUUAUCAACCAGUUUUAUGAUGUUCCAAAUUAUUGGAAGACUUAUGUUCAAGACGUAGAUCAGGAAAGAGAGUUGUGGCUGAACUCUUUCUAUAAAGCACCUCUAAGGCUUCCAAUGCCUGCUGAGCUUGAAUAUUGGUGGUCUAGAGAUGAUGAAGAUCCUGAAUUCGUUUUAGUCAACAAGGAACCUGAACCUGAUCCUGAGGACCCAUCAAAACUUGUAUACACAGAAGACCCUCUCAUUCUUCACACUCGAACUGGGAGAUUAAUUAAUUAUGUGGAGGAUGAAAAAUAUGGUGUUCGCCUAUUCUGGCAACCAGAUUUAGAAGAAGAGGAGGAGGAUGUUGAUCCUGACAAAGCUCAGUUUUUGCCUCUUGGAUUUGAUGAUUUCUUUGGUCGAUCAGCUCCAGUUGUAAAGGAAGGAAAGGUGAGGGGCUUGAUAACAUUCCUCCAAAAUGCUGUGAAGUCACUUUUUGAUAGACUUGAGCGUUGGGCUGUGGAGAAAAAGAAAUCUGGUGAGAUGAAUCUUAAGCUUAUUGAAAAUGAACUUGAGUUCAUUGAGGCUGAAAUAAGCCUUGAAGAAGCAAUAGAAGACCUGGAAUUGGAAUUGAAAAGGAAACAAGAAGAAGAAGAAGAAAAGCAAGUCGUUGCAGAGAUGGAUCAAGAUGAUUCUUCUGCUGCUGCUGUUCAAGAUGAGGCAGUUGCAGAUGAAACUGAAACUGAAGAUGAAGAUGAAGAUGAUGAUGAAGAGGCACCAACAAGUUUUGGUACAGUUAAUCAAGGAAAAGCAGAUGAUGAUACAAAUCCAAAGGAGAGCAAACCUGGGAAAUCUCCUUUUUCUUCUCUUUCUUUGUCCUUGUCCUCUCCUGGCCUGUUUUCUCUGCAGGUUCCAGCACAACUACAAGAGUCCUUUCUUUCAUGGAGAAGUAAACGCCCUUCUGGUGCUGAGCAAUCUGGUUAUCAAAGGCUUGAAGUUAUUAGUGUUCAGAAAAGAUUUAACCCGGGGAAAUUUCAUUGUAGAAUUAGUCAAAGAGCAAAUUUGGGGGUGGUGCAGCAAAGGCAGAGUUACCUUAGAAGAAAAGACUGUUCUUCUCUUUUCUCUUUGGCCUCAAUUCUUUCAGCUCAGACUGCUUGCCAGAGCCGAAGGGACCAGACCAAGGAAAGAUCGGCUGGAAUGAAUAAUCUCAGCAUUUUAUCUCUGCACAUUCCAGUUACGGAUGCUCUUGCUUGAUAUUACAAGGCAUUUCUCCAUCACAAUCUGAUUCUUCCUAUCAGAACAAAAUUUCAACAUUACUGGAAUUACAUGAACUAGUAAUUUCUUGUUCAGAUUUUUAUUUCAGGAAAAUUGAGUUUUGUAUGCCCGAAUAUAACAGUACAGCUGGAGGCUGAGUCCCAAUUUUUCUUUGGUAACUUAAAGUUGUGUAUUUUCUAGGUUUUUCAGCUGCAGCUGUGAAGCAGAGGGAUGCCUUGUUGCUUGGAGUUCUGCUUCUUUAAUUUGUUAAGGUAACUUGGAUUUUCAAGGUUGGAUGUGCUUUAUUUUGCUAUUUAAAUGUGUCACUCUAAAGAAAAGCAAAAUGUAUCACUCUAUUUUGGAA